CACGGUAACGGAACUAAUUGUGUUGAGAUGCAGUCAAGUGCGAUCACCUUCGUAUUCGUUUUAAAAAUAGGUUUUCUACUUUUUAUUACCAACCUUAAAGAAUUGGAGGCUAGAAAGUGUACAGCGUUGCGUAGUAGUUGCGAGAGCUGGGAAAAAGAUGCCACAUGCUUCGAAUCGCCUUGUUCAAAUUUUAAAUAUCAAUACGUAAGAGAUUCUGACAAGCGCACACUUCUGGGAAUACACAACUUUAUACGGAAAUGGGUACAUACGCAUGAUUCCGAGCUCCCAAAGGCGGUUAGAAUGGCUGACUUAGAAUGGAGCGGUGAGCUGCAAGAAAUAGCCGAAUUUCUAUUAGGAAAUUGUCGUGCGGCAACAUGUGUUGCUACAGCUAUAUUUCCAAAUGCGACAGUUGUGCAUUAUUCAGCGUCCGAUAUUAACACCAGAGCAUCAGCCAGCUUUUACAUGAUCCAACGAGCAGGUCACAACAUGCGACAUUUAGAUAGAGCCCAAAUAAUAAGCUACGAUGGUAAAACUAACAAAGAAGUGAAGCAAAUUUUGUACCACAAAGCGCGUAAAGUUGGUUGUGGAUUAUCCUGGAAAGAUAAAAAAGCUGACGAGGAAAAAGAUUUUAGGCUGUCAUGUAUUUAUGACCAAAGACCUGUCAAAGGAGAGCCAGUUUAUGAAUUGAUGGAGAACAACAUAAAUGGAAAAUAAGACAGAGUUACUCAGAGUUUCUUCAAUUUAGCACACAUUCAAGUUUUCAUGUAAUGAGAUUGCUUAAAACGUUUGUCGUUUUAGUAUAAUUUACUCAUUAUGUUUUAAAUCAAUUUUUUCGAGAUUUUUACUCUUUAGGAUGAUUCAUCCCAGGAUUCCUAGGUUUUAAACCAAUCUGUUGAAAGAAGUCUUCAUACAAAUGUAAGUCAUGCCCCAUUUUUGAUAUUAUUUUAUAAAUUUUGAUUUAUUGAAUUUAUUUGAAUGUCGUGUUUUGCAAACAGAAAAAAAAUCACUUAAGAAAAUUAGAACUAAUCAUGUAUCUGUGUACAAAUUCAAAACUCAAGUUGCAGCUCUCAUUUUUAAGGGGAAUGAAGUUGGAAUUUUGAUUUAAAAAAAAUAUUUAAAAAAAAUCCAUUUUAAUGCGUUGGAAACCCUUUCAAAAUAAGAGCUGCAAGUUGAGUUUUGAAUUUGUACACGCAAACAUGAUAAGUUCUAAAUUUCUGAAAUGAUUUUUUUCUGUUUGCAAAACACGACAUUCAAAAAAAUUAAAAUAAAUCAGAAUUUAUAAAAUAAUAUCGAAAAUAAGGCGUAACUUACAUUUGUGUGAAGACUAUUUUCAACAGAUUUUUUUAAAACCUAGGACUCCUGGGAUAAAUCAUCCCAUAUAAUCAAAAUCCCGAAAAAAAUUGGUGUAAAUCUUAAUGAGUAAAUUUUGUAUGGGAACCCCCUAUACUAAAACGACAAACGUUUUAAGCAUUUUUUAUAUCAUUACAUAAAAACUUGAAUAUGUGCUAAAUUAAAGAAAUAAAACCGUUUAGAAAGUGGUUGAGUUCUUGAAUAUUUUACAGUGUUUUAUUAAGAGUAAUAUGUAGGCACAGAUUUAAAAAAAAAUCCGUAUGACUUCUGUAGCAAUACCAGAUCCAGAAUCAGUAGCAUCGAAAUCCAUACGAUUAAUAUACACAAUAAAUCAGUUGCGCUACCAAAACAUG